AUUUUUGUGUUGAGUUUCGGGCAGAGACUUGUGCUCCGUUUCGUAUGUGCAUUGUGGGUGGUGCGGUCGUCGUGUUGCUUGAUUUAUUUUCAUAUAUUAUCAACGCACAAAAUUAACUCUAAAGCAGUAACAUUUGUAUCAACGAGUUGACGUUAAGCAGUGCCGUUUAAAUCAGCUAUCAAAAUGAUGUCCGAAUAUUGGAUUAUCUCGGCGCCUGGCGACAAGACGUGCCAACAAACCUUCGACACGAUGAACAACCUCACCAGCAAGCAACAUAAUCUAUGCAGUAACUACAAGUUCCAUAUACCCGAUUUAAAGGUGGGAACAUUGGAUCAGCUUGUCGGUCUGUCCGAUGAUCUGGGAAAACUGGACACGUAUGUGGAGCAGAUCACCAGGAAGGUGGCCAUGUAUUUGGGUGAAGUGCUCGAGGAUCAGCGCGAUAAGCUCCAUGAGAACCUUUUGGCCAACAACACCGAACUGCCGCAGUAUUUAACGCGUUUCCAAUGGGACAUGGCCAAAUAUCCAAUUAAGCAAUCGCUCCGAAAUAUUGCCGAUAUAAUUUCAAAGCAAAUCGGUCAAAUUGAUGGCGAUUUGAAGACGAAAUCGCAGGCUUACAACAACCUCAAGGGCAAUUUGCAGAAUUUGGAAAAGAAGAAAACUGGCAGUUUGUUAACACGCAACCUUGCGGAUUUGGUUAAGAAGGAGCACUUUAUUCUGGACUCGGAGUACUUGACCACGCUCCUGGUGAUUGUGCCAAAAGUCAUGGCCAACGAUUGGUUAGCCAAUUAUGAGAAAAUCACGGACAUGAUUGUACCACGCUCGUCGCAGCUCAUCAAGGAGGACUCCGACUACUGUCUCUUCAACGUGACGCUCUUCAAGAAGGUCACCGAGGAGUUCAAGCUCCACGCCCGUGAACGCAAGUUCAUAGUGCGUGAUUUCGUCUAUAACGAGGAGGAGUUGGCGGCGGGAAAGAACGAGAUGACCAAACUGAUGACCGACAAGAAGAAGCAGUUUGGUCCUUUGGUGCGCUGGCUGAAGGUGAACUUCAGCGAGGCAUUCUGUGCCUUGAUCCAUGUGAAGGCGCUGCGCGUGUUUGUGGAAUCCGUGCUUAGGUACGGCCUGCCGGUCAACUUCCAGGCCAUAUUGAUAGAGCCGAACAAGAAGAGCGUGAAGCGUUUGCGCGAUGUUCUCAACCAGCUCUAUGGCCAUUUGGAUGGUGCCUCCGCUGGCGGACAUGUCAGCAGUGCUGAUAAUGUCGAUAUUCCCGGCUUGGGCUUUGGCCAAUCCGAAUACUAUCCCUAUGUGUUCUACAAGGUGAACAUCGAUAUGGUUGAGCAAACAAAGCUUUAAGGGGCCUUUCUCAUGCCUCUGCUUAGCACACAUACACACACACACGCCACACCCACACAACAAGAUAUAAAUAUUAAAGAAAAAAGCUAAAAAACAAUUUGAAAUUGAAUUGAAAGCAGCAGCCCAAAAAACUGCCUGCAAAUCUGAUAAAAAUGUAGUAAAAACCAACAAGUCUAUCCUGCUCAUUAUAAACAAACAAAAAACAAAAAAACAACAAAAACCGUUGCCACGCAAAUAACAC